AUGUCCAGUAACCCCAGCGACAAGUUCAGCAAGGAUAAGGCCGCCUGUGUGCGUAGCGCCAGCAGCCAGACCUGCCUGUGCGACCCGCAGCCCCGAGGUGCUGAGCGGGAUCCCGGCCCCAACGCUCGCCCGCUGCAGCCCCAGCCUCCCGGCUAUGUCCCCGAGGCUGCCACCAGCUGGCUGAAUGCUUGGCGCAGCCCGGGGUCCCCCCUGUGUCCUUGCGGGCGUUGGAAUCGGGUCCUUUUGGCGACUGGAGCUCCCCGCGAGGCUUGCGUCCCGGCCGCUGCUUGGUCGCCCGCAGAGCCAGGCUGUUCCCUCCAUACCCGCUCCCUGUCCCCAGGCCUCCUGCAAAUGCAGCUGAUCCUGCACUACGACGAGACCUACCGCGAGGUGAAGUACGGCAACAUGGGGCUACCCGACAUCGACAGCAAGAUGCUGAUGGGCAUCAACGUGACGCCCAUUGCGGCCCUGCUCUACACACCUGUGCUCAUCAGGUUUUUUGGCACUAAGUGGAUGAUGUUUCUGGCCGUGGGUAUCUACGCCCUCUUUGUCUCCACCAACUACUGGGAGCGCUACUACACGCUUGUGCCCUCAGCUGUGGCCCUGGGUAUGGCCAUCGUGCCUCUUUGGGCCUCCAUAGGCAACUAUAUCACCAGGAUGGCGCAGAAGUACUAUGAAUAUUCCCACUACAAGGAGGAGGAGCAGGGACUUCAGCGGCGCCCGCCACGGGGCUCCCAUGCACCCUAUCUCGUGGUCUUCCAAGCCAUCUUCUAUAGCUUCUUCCAUGUGAGUGCCACAUGUGUCCCCCGCCCCCUCCUUGCUUCCUUGCUGCAUUUUUUCACUGACAGUGUGCCCUGCUCCCCACCUCAGCAUGUCCCCACCCACCCCUUCCCAGGCACCAACAGCCAAGGCAUCCUCACUGGCUUCAACAAGACAGUUCUGCGGACGCUGCCACAGAGCCGAAACCUCAUUGUGGUGGAGAGUGUGCUCAUGGCGGUGGCCUUCCUGGCCAUGCUGCUGGUGCUCUGUCUGUGCGGAGCCGCGUACCGACCCACGGAGGAGAUCGACCUGCGCAGCGUGGGCUGGGGCAACAUCUUCCAGCUGCCCUUCAAGCACGUGCGUGACUUCCGUCUGCGCCACCUCGUGCCCUUCUUUAUCUACAGCGGCUUCGAGGUGCUCUUCGCCUGCACCGGUCUCGCCCUGGGCUAUGGCGUGUGCUCGGUGGGGCUGGAACGGCUGGCCUACCUCCUCCUGGCUUAUAGCCUGGGUGCCUCGUCCGCCUCACUCCUGGGUCUGCUGGGGCUGUGGCUGCCACGCUCAGUGCCACUGGUGGCUGGAGCUGGGCUGCACCUGCUGCUUACCCUCGGCCUCUUUUUCUGGGCCCCCGUGCCUCGGGUCCUGCAACACAGCUGGAUCCUCUACGCGGCAGCCACCCUGUGGGGUGUGGGCAGCGCCCUCAACAAGACGGGGCUCAGCUCACUCUUAGGAAUCCUGUAUGAGGACAAGGAAAGGCAGGACUUCAUCUUCACCAUCUACCACUGGUGGCAGGCCAUGGCCAUCUUUGCCAUGUACCUGGGCUCUAGCCUGCCCAUGAAGGCCAAGCUGGCGGUGCUGCUGUUGACGCUGGUGGCGGCGGCGGCCUCGUACCUGCGGAUGGAGCAGCAGCUGCGGCGGGGCGUGGUCCCGCGCCAGCCCCGCAUCCCGCGGCCCCAGCACAAGGUGCGCGGUUACCGCUACCUGGAGGAGGACAACUCGGACGAGAGCGACGCGGAGGGAGAACGCGGGGCCGCCCGGGGAGACGGCGCGGAGCCCGAGGCGCAGCCUGCGGGGCCCCGGCCGGGUCCCGAGCCAGCCGGCCCCUGUCGCCGGCCCUGCCCCCCCGAGCAGGUGGCCUCCCUUCUGGAGGCCCUUUCGCCCUGCCUGCCUGAUUUUGCGAAUCCCAUCCCGUCCUUCUGGGAGGAAAAAGCCGCUGGGUGGCUUGGCAGGGACCUCAGCGGAGGAGGGCUUGCCAAGUGA